GAGAGCGAGCGAGUGAACGAACCAACAGCUAUCAUUCAUCCAUGAUUCAUUCACACAAUCACACUUCUGAAAUCUGAAUUCUGAUUCCAAAGCGCGAACAAAAAAAAAACUCUCCCCUUCGCCACGUCGUCGUCGUCGUCGUCAUCAUCAUUAUCUUCUUCGUCUUCUUCGUUCGCGUUCUCCAUUCCUCGCACCUCUCUCAUUAUCUCACACGAUUCCGAUCUCAUACAGUUCCAGGCUUCCAGCCGAAGAAGCUUUGUUUCAACAAGCAUAAGGAGAAGGAAGAAGUGGAUCCACGAAUAUGAGCAACAGUGUGAGCCAUAGUAUAUUCCACCAGACUCUGCUUUGUCAAGCGGUUUCGGAGUAUCAAAGUAAGGCUGGUUCUUCAAACUCUUUAUUCCAAGCUUGGAGCGCCAAUAAAGGAUCGUAUCCACCGAAGAAGCUUCUCCUCUCGACAAAUUUCCGAGGGAACAGGCUCUGUGCCAGGAAACGCAAGUUAGCUAUGGGAAAGCUCAGGCAUCAAGCGGUUAUUCCACGCGCUGUGUUAACCACCAAUCCGUCUUCUCAGCUUUCAGGGAAGUUCAACCUUGAAGGAAAUGUCGAAUUGCAGGUUGGUGUUAGCUCUCCAGCAGCAGAAGGUGCAACAGUAGUAGAUAUUCAGGUUUCAAGUAGUAGUGGCUCUCUGGUUUUGCAUUGGGGAGUUAUUUGUGAUGGUCAAGGGAAGUGGGUACUUCCUUCUCGUCGCCCAGAUGGAACUAAAAAUUACAAGAACAGAGCUCUUAGAACACCUUUUGUGAAAUCUGGCUCAGCAUCCUUCCUUAAAAUUGAAAUUGAUGAACCUGCUGCACAAGCUAUUGAGUUCCUUAUACUUGACGAAGCUCAGAAUAAAUGGUAUAAAAACAAUGGUGAGAACUUUCACAUCAAGUUAGGAGUCAAGGACAAGAUACUUCAACAAGUUUCAGUUCCUGAAGACCUUGUACAGGUUCAAGCAUACCUAAGGUGGGAACGAAAGGGUAAACAGCUGUACACUCCAGAGCAAGAGAAGGAGGAAUAUGAAGCAGCUCGACGUGAACUACAGGAAGAAGUAGCUAGAGGUACUUCUAUACAAGACCUCCGUGAGAGGCUAACCAAAAAAACUGAUUCCACUGAAGUAAAGGAGCCUUCUGUUUCAGAAACAAAGCCUUCUGUUUCAGAAACAAAGACCAUCCCUGAUGAACUUGUACAGAUUCAAGCUUAUAUACGUUGGGAAAAAGCUGGGAAGCCUAACUACUCCCCAGAACAACAACUUUUGGAAUUUGAGGAAGCAAGAAGAGAAUUACUAGCUGAACUUGAUAAGGGCUCUUCUCUGGAAGAGAUACAGAAGAAGAUUAUCAAAGGAGAGAUACAAACUAAAGUUGCCAAGCAAUUGAAAACGAAAAAGUAUUUUCGUGUUGAAAGAAUACAACGGAAAAAGAGAGACUUAACACAGCUGAUCAACAGAAACAUUGCUGAAAGUGAUGCUAAAAGUGUCUCUGAAAGUGUUGUUGAACAAACUCCAAAGGCCCUGAGAGUAAUUGAAAGGUAUGCCAAGGAAAGGGAAGAACAUGAUAAGGGUCUUGUUUUGAAUAAGACAAUAUACAAGCUUGCUGAUGAUGAUCUUCUGGUCCUUGUUACCAAGGAUGCUGGAAAGAUAAAGGUUCACCUGGCUACAGACUCCAAAAUGCCUAUUACACUUCACUGGGCCUUAUCUAGAACAACACCUGGAGAGUGGUUGGUGCCCCCUGCAAGUACUCUGCCCCCUGGUUCUGUUACAAUGAAUGAGGCCGCUGAAACACCUUUUAAAGCUGGUUCUUCAUCUCAACCUUCAUAUGAGGUCCAAUCCUUAGAUAUAGAGGUUGAAGAUGAUACUUUUAAAGGAAUACCGUUUGUCCUAAAGUCAGAUGGAAACUGGAUAAAGAACAAUGAUUCAAACUUUUAUAUUGAAUUUGGUGGGAAGAAGCAGAUUACAAAGGAUGUUGGUGAUGGAAAGGGUACUGCAAAGUUUUUGUUGGAUAAAAUAGCAGAAAUGGAAGGCGAGGCACAAAAGUCCUUUAUGCAUCGGUUUAACAUUGCAUCAGAUUUGAUGGAUCAAGCCAAAAAUUCUGGUCAACUGGGUCUCGCGGGUAUUUUAGUGUGGAUGAGAUUCAUGGCUACGAGGCAGCUCAUAUGGAAUAAAAAUUACAACGUGAAGCCACGCGAGAUAAGUAAAGCGCAGGAUAGGCUUACAGACUUGCUCCAGGAUGUUUAUGCAAGUUAUCCACAGCAUCGGGAACUUGUGAGGAUGAUCUUGUCUACUGUUGGUCGUGGAGGUGAAGGUGAUGUCGGACAGCGAAUUCGAGAUGAAAUCCUUGUUAUCCAAAGAAACAAUGAUUGCAAGGGUGGAAUGAUGGAGGAAUGGCACCAGAAGUUGCACAAUAACACUAGUCCAGAUGAUGUUGUUAUCUGUCAGGCACUACUUGAUUAUAUAAACAAUGACUUUGAUGUUGGUGUCUACUGGAAAACAUUGAAUGACAAUGGAAUAACAAAAGAACGUUUGCUAAGCUAUGACCGUGCCAUCCAUUCUGAACCAAAUUUCAGAAGAGAUCAAAAGGAAGGUCUUCUGCGUGAUCUAGGACAUUACAUGAGGACUUUGAAGGCAGUUCAUUCAGGUGCAGAUCUUGAAUCUGCUAUUGCGAAUUGCAUGGGCUACAAAGCUGAGGGUCAGGGCUUCAUGGUUGGGGUGCAGAUAAAUCCAGUGUCUGGUUUGCCUUCUGGUUUUCCUGAAUUACUUCAGUAUGUCUUGGAACACGUUGAAGAUAAGAAUGUUGAACCCCUUCUCGAGGGUUUGCUGGAGGCUCGCCAAGAACUCAGACCAUCACUCAGUAAAUCCCAAAGUCGUCUGAAAGAUCUUCUAUUUUUGGAUGUUGCUCUUGAUUCUACUGUUAGAACAGCAGUGGAAAGGGGAUAUGAGGAGUUAAACAAUGCUGGACCUGAGAAAAUAAUGUACUUCAUAUCCUUGGUCCUGGAAAAUCUUGCACUUUCAUCAGAUGACAAUGAGGAUCUUAUCUAUUGUUUGAAGGGAUGGGAUAUUGCCUUGAGUAUGUGCAAGACUACAGACAGUCAUUGGGCAUUGUAUGCAAAAUCAGUUCUUGACAGAACGCGCCUUGCACUCGCAAAGAAGGCAGAGUCAUACCAUCAGAUUCUACAACCAUCAGCAGAGUACCUUGGAUCACUACUAGGCGUGGACAGAUGGGCUGUGGAAAUAUUCACAGAAGAAAUUAUCCGUGCUGGCUCGGCUGCUUCUUUGUCUACUCUUGUUAAUAGACUGGAUCCUGUACUCAGAAAGACAGCGAAUCUUGGGAGCUGGCAGGUCAUUAGCCCAGUUGAAACAGUUGGAUAUGUUGAGGUUGUGGAUGAGUUGCUUGCAGUUCAGAACAAAUCAUAUGAGCGGCCGACCAUUUUGGUAGCAAAGAGUGUGAAGGGGGAGGAAGAAAUUCCAGAUGGUACAGUUGCUGUGCUGACACCCGACAUGCCAGAUGUCCUAUCCCAUGUUUCUGUACGAGCAAGAAACAGCAAGGUGUGUUUUGCUACGUGCUUUGAUCCAAAUAUCCUGGGUGACAUCCAAGCAAAUAAAGGAAAGCUCUUACGCUUAAAACCAACAUCAGCUGAUGUAGUUUAUAGUGAGGUGAAGGAAGGUGAAGUUACUGAUAAGAAAUCAACUCACUUGAAAGAAGGUGAUUCUGUGCCACCCAUAUCUUUGGUCAGAAAGAAGUUUAGUGGUAGAUAUGCUAUCUCGUCUGAGGAAUUCACCAAUGAAAUGGUUGGAGCUAAAUCGCGUAACAUUGGUUAUUUAAAAGGAAAAGUACCUUCUUGGAUUGGAAUUCCUACCUCGGUUGCCAUACCUUUUGGAGUUUUUGAACAUGUUCUAUCCGAUAAAUCAAAUAAGGCAGUGGCUGAUAAGAUCAAUAUUCUCAAAAGGAAGUUAACUGAAGAGGAUUUCAGUGCUCUCAAGGAUAUCCGUGAAACUGUUUUAGAGUUGAAUGCACCAUCCAAGUUGGUAGAGGAGUUGAAAACUAAGAUGAAGAGUUCUGGAAUGCCUUGGCCAGGUGAUGAAGGGGAACAGCGCUGGGAGCAAGCAUGGAAAGCUAUAAAAAAGGUCUGGGGCUCAAAGUGGAACGAAAGGGCAUACUUCAGCACAAGAAAAGUAAAACUCGACCACGAGUAUCUUUCCAUGGCUGUCCUUGUACAGGAAGUGAUAAAUGCGGACUAUGCUUUUGUCAUCCACACAACCAAUCCAUCCUCUGGAGACGCAUCAGAAAUAUAUGCUGAGGUGGUAAAGGGGCUCGGAGAAACACUCGUCGGAGCUUAUCCCGGACGUGCUUUGAGUUUUAUAAGCAAAAAACAUGAUUUGAACUCCCCUCAGAUCUUGGGAUAUCCUAGCAAACCUAUUGGCCUGUUCAUUAGACGGUCAAUUAUUUUUCGAUCUGAUUCCAAUGGUGAAGACCUAGAAGGUUAUGCUGGAGCUGGCCUUUACGACAGUGUGCCAAUGGACGAGGAGGAGAAAGUGGUGCUUGAUUACUCAUCUGACCCAUUAAUAACAGAUGGUAAUUUUCGACAAUCAAUCCUCUCAAGCAUUGCUCGUGCAGGAAGCGCAAUCGAAGAGUUGUAUGGCUCUCCUCAGGACAUUGAAGGUGUAAUCAGGGAUGGGAAACUCUAUGUUGUCCAGACCAGACCACAAAUGUAAGCCACUACACUUCCAUGUACCUCAACUAUGUUCAUCGCAUGCAACAUGAAGCUUCCAACGUUAGGGAGGGAGGUAGCUUCUGUGAAUUUGAGUACACCUGCGAAUUGCCAAAUUUGCUUAUAUUUAUAUACUUAAUGUAAGUGAUAGAUAUUUAAGAAUAAAAAAUAAUUCCACGUGUAACCAUGUAAUCGCGAAAACAAUGUAAAUUAUACUAUAUUGCCCUAUACUCUUCUUCCUA